AUGCGGUCUCGUUCAUCCUGUCCGACAGCAGCGGUUGGGGUCGAGCAGUCGGAGCCAAGCCCCGCCCCUCCCUCCGCUGCCUCAAACAGUGCCUGUCCCAAGCCCACCGCCGACCUGGAAGGCACGAUCGACGUGCAAGGCGAGAGCUCAGAGUGCAACACGCUGAACAUCUUCUGGCGCGACAUCAGCAUCCCCUCGUCUCUCUACAUCAUCUCCGCCGGCAGCGAGUACCAAAAGGCGUGGCGCUGGGUGCUCGACGGCAAGUCGGGCAAGCUCGAGUGGGACCUCGCGCUACCCGUUGGCAACCGGUUCCUCGUCACUGUGGCGGGGAGGCAGUAUGCCGGCUUCGAGGGCCCGCGCACCGUCAUGGCGUCCAAUAACCAGAGCUGUCUCUCCACCCGUGCCAAGGAGAUCAGCCACCAGCGCACUGCACAGAGCGAGCCUAGAAGCGGGCUGUCACAAGGCGCUGUCAUCGGCACUGCCAUUGGCGCCGCCACGCUUGUUCUCAUGGCCGCUGCCGUUGCGUGGCUGCUCAUCCGCAAGAGGCGUGCAUUGGCCGUGCGACCCGGUGAGAUCAACCUUCACGACGAGUGGCAGUCCGCGUCACACGAGCACCACCACGUCCUUCCCUUCCUGCACAAGAUGAAGACCGUGGGCAACGCCGCAACCUCAGCAGUGCCUCCGCACCACUCUCCUGCGGCUCGAGCUCCGGAACCGCAGCAGGAGAUCGACGCCGACGCUCCGAUGCGCAUCAACGGCCCCGCUCCGCCGAGCUACAACCACGUCCUCUGGGUCACGCAGCCGCCCGACGCUGAGACAACGCGGACGACUCGGAACUCGGCACUGAUGGAGGCAAAGUCGGCCAUUCUCACUGCAACGGCGAUGAGUAUCAGCGGGUCGAGCACCGCUAGCCAGCCCCGUGAAGAUCGCGAGGAACGAGGCGGCCGCGGCGGUGGCGGUGGUGAUGGUCGUGAAAGUAGCUGCACCGCUCUCAUCAACCAGGGCGAUUCGCGCCCUCCCGCAGAUGUGCCCGGCUCGACCUCACCCUCCUUGGAGACUCUGCCGGACGCUCAUGCUCAGCCUCCCACCAGGCCUCUUCCUUCUCGACCCGAGUAG